ACCUGGCCUUCAGGAAACUUGUCUUCCGGCAGAAUGCCAGUCAGUUAUUAUGACACCGCGAUAAUAGUCGCAUGUGGCGAUAAAUCCGUAAAAAAUGAUCCGAGACGAUUUCACUGGAUGUGAAACCGACGUACGUCUUGACGGGAAAGUCGCUCUCGUCACAGGAGCAACCUCGGGAACCGGGUUGGAGAUAGCGAAGAACCUAGCCAAGCGUGGAGCCAAAGUUAUUAUCGCCAGCCGCAACCCGAACAAGCUCGCCGAUGCAAGAAAAACCAUCAUAAACUCCUCAAGAAACGCCAACGUUGUCGCAAGAACCAUAGACUUAGAAAACCUCGCCUCAGUCAGAAACUUCGUCCACGAAACCGUGACGGUGGAGCCUCGUUUGGACAUUCUGAUCAACAAUAUCGGAGCAAUAGGCUUAGAAGAUCGCCUUACGCAAGACAACCUUCAGUUGAUGAUGCAAGUCAAUUACUUCGGAUCUUUUUUAUUGACCUUCCUAUUAUUUCCAUUCCUGAAAGCAUCAGCUCCAAGUAGAAUCGUCAACGUAUCGUCACUAGCUUUAAUUCUUGGAACUAUUGAUUUGGAUCACAUGAACGAUGUCGGGAGGUACUCCAAUUUUGGAUUCUACUGCAAUGCGAAGUUGGCUGAUGUGUUGUUUACAGUGGAAAUGGACAAGAGGAUAAGAGGUAGUGGUGUGAAUGUUUACAGUAUGGACCCAGGACUCGGAAAGAGUCAGUUCUUCAGGAAUUAUGAUGACGGAUUUUGGAAGACUGUCCUUAAUGGUGCUUUGUUGAAGUUUGGGAGACCUUUGCAUAGAGUGGCGUUGAUGUCAGUGUAUUUAGCGGUGGAUCCGAAAGUAGAGUAUGAUAGUGGUAAACAUUUUAGGGAUUGUAAUGAGUUCUAUAGCACUUGGUUCGCGAAUGACACAGUGUUAACUAGACGAUUGUGGGAAGAGUCGAAGGUCCUCACUAGAAUUUCUCCAUUCGAAGAUUGGGAGACGAACGGCGUGUAAGAAAUGUAUCUCGUAUUUAAAGAUAUUGUAUUAUCUAAUGCGAGUAUUGUUUAUUGAUAUUUAAAAU